CGACCUUCUUCGCUGCUGACAUUUCCUCUAAUGGCCGCUUCCUCUAUAUAAUCCAUAAACCAGAAGGCUACAAAUUCCAUUAUUGAAAGCUCCCCACCGUUCUAUUCUAUUCUAUUCAAUUCGAUAAACCCCCUGAAACGCGUUUUCAAACUUGGAUCGGAGUAAUUGUCUUCAGAUGGAGAAAAAGAACGAGGAACCGGUGAUGGGGAUCCCAUACAAUCCCAACUAUCAUGCUCCUCCUGUUUACCCACCUCCACAAUCGCAAUACCACGUCGGCCAUAAUCCUUAUCAAUCCGGUCAAAUCCCCUCAAACGCCGUCGUCGGUGAUCCCAAAGGUGUUCCUCUUCAGCAGACGAUUUAUAGAGAUACCCCUGCUCCCAUUAACUGCGCUUUCUGUGGCAACUCCGGUCUCACCACCGUCAGAUCAAAACCAAGUCUGGCUGCUGUCGUUGGUUGCAUGAUGCCAUUCAUGCUUGGAGUAUGCUUUCUUUGUCCUUCCAUGGAUUGCCUUUGGCACAAAUAUCAUUAUUGCCCUCACUGCAACGAGAAGCUUGCGGAUUUUGAGAAGAAUGAUGCGUGUGCGGUUAUGGAUCCACCAAGUUGGUGUCAACCAAGUUUUGCAUUGCCUGCAUAACUGUUGAAGUCGUGAUUUACCCGUGUUCUUUGAUGUAUGGACGAUCGACCACCCUGAUGUCGAAUCUUUUUCUGUACUUAGAAGUCCGAGUGAAAGUCGAGUAUUUGAACAUAAAAACGUGAUAUCCGUGAAUUGUUGUGAAUUAUAGCAUGUGGAUUAUGCAAGAAUGAACAAGGUUGGCAUUAUUAGAACUUGCAAUACAUAUAUGGUGUAUUGUAUA